UUGAUGCUUACAUCUCAUUCGCGUACAUCUCUUUUUAGUAACCUCAAGCAAAACUAUUUUUUUACAAAAUGAAGUUUCUUUUCGUUGUGACUCUACUAAUUUGCUGCAUUCUGCAGUUCACCAACGGUUACUCCAGAACAAUGGCCAACGCCAGACACUCAGCUUAUCCUGGCCAGUGCUACGAUGGCCAGACGACGGUCAAGAAGGGAUUUAGCAAAUACAAGAACUGCGAAAAGUGGACCUGCAGCAACGACUACACUCUGAGUGUGACGGGAUGUGGUGUUGCGGCAGUGCCCAAAGGAUGUCGCACAACAAGGGAUACAUCCAAAAAAUAUCCGGACUGUUGUCCAAAGGUCGUUUGUUAAAUAUAAGGAAUUUCUCAAAAAACCAAUAAACAUAAAACGUAACUUUACAAG